CGAGCAGAGUUAGCUAUCACUGACUUGACAAUAACAUCGGAGCGUGAAGAAAUUAUUGACUUUUCAAUACCUUUCAUGAAUUUGGGUAUCGCGAUUUUGUAUAUUAAACCUCAAAAAGCACCACCAGAACUUUUCUCAUUCAUGGAUCCUUUCUCUGGCGAAGUUUGGAUCUACUUGGGACUGGUAUACAUUGGAGUAUCCUUUUGCUUUUUCAUAUUAGGACGCCUAUCUCCAACAGAGUGGGAUAAUCCAUAUCCAUGUAUUGAAGAGCCUGAAGAAUUAGAGAACCAAUUUACGCUAAAUAACUCAUUUUGGUUUACGACAGGCGCUUUUUUACAGCAAGGUUCUGAGAUAGCACCUAAAUCGCUCUCCACACGCACUCUUGCGUCCAUUUGGUGGUUCUUCACUCUCAUUAUACUCUCCUCGUACACGGCUAACUUGGCUGCUUUCCUUACCAUCGAAAAUCCUGUUGGACUUAUUGAUAAUGUCGAGGAUUUGGCGGAAAAUAAGGGCGGCGUUGAGUAUGGUGCUAAACUGACUGGUUCUACGAGAAAUUUCUUUGCGACCUCCGACCAUGAAGUGUAUAAGAAAAUGAAUGAAUUUAUGAUCAAAAAUCCGCACCUACUUUUCAAGACCAAUCAAGAAGGAGUAGAACGUGUUAAAUCUAGUACCACGUAUGCUUUUCUAAUGGAAUCCACAUCCAUUGAAUACAAUAUUGUACGAGAGUGUAAUUUGAUGAAAAUUGGAGAACCACUCGACGAAAAGGGAUACGGAAUCGCCAUGGUAAAAAACUGGCCCUAUCGCGACAAAUUUAACAACGCAUUGCUGGAACUUCAAGAGCAAGGUGUUUUAUCGCGCUUAAAGAACAAAUGGUGGAACGAAGUGGGAGCUGGAGUUUGUAAUAAAAAAUCCAAUAGUGGUGAAGUCGAAGCUUUGGACUUAAGCAAUUUGGGCGGUGUAUAUCUGGUGCUGGGAGUUGGAAGUGGUAUUUCUCUUGUGUAUGGUGUAAUAAUGUGGUGCAUACAUGUGGCGCGAAAAGCCAGCUACUAUGAGGCACCUUUUAUCGCCGCCUUUUGGGAAGAAUGCCGGAUUGCAGUAGACUUUUCAAAUAAUGAACGCUUGCUCAAGACUCCACAGUCGGUAUAUUCCCGUAGCCGAAAUUCGCUUGUUUCAAUUGAUUCAAUAGAAACGGACUCAGAAUUUGAAGAUAAUUUAGACAGUGAUGGAUGAUUCAUAAAAAUACAUACAUAUGUUCACUUCGUAUAAGAGUUUAAUAUCAUAGCUAGAUAAUAUGCUAAUCUGGAUAAACGGCGCAGUUGUUUCUACCCUAACCGAAGGUAGCGUCGCGGAUUUCGCUGGCCACGGCCAAAAAAGUUUUUAUUGAGUUUUUUCUAUAGUUUCUUAAAUUAUUAUCAUGCUUUCUUUUUCAAUAAGAUUAUAAUCUAAACAAUUUAACUAAGAUAAAAUGCGAAAAAAUAAAAUAAAAGAAAGCAAAUAAUGUAAGUUGUUGAAUGUACUUGCUUCAUGCAUUUACUUUUUUUUAUUUUUCAUUUUUUUUAUUUCAAUCCCACUGCACUGAAAUCUGAGAUUUCCAUCGCAUUUCUCUGGAUUUCGUUGACAUUUGCUAAUAUGUUUUUGUGUCUGUGUGCUUUUGUUUAUGUAGAGAAUUUUGAUAUUUCAAGUGAGGCAUGAUACAAAUAAAAUUAUAGUUUAAAAAACUA